GGAAGGAGAGGAAGGAAGGAGUCGGCUCUGGUUGCUGGAGGAGGUCGGUAUUGGUGGUGGUGGCGGCGGCCGUGGUGCUGCUGCAGCCGCGGGCAGAGCCUCCCCCUCCCGCCGGGCCGGGCGGGGAGGGCUCCGGAGCCGAGAUGUCUCAGGAGCGGCCCAAGUUCUAUCGGCAGGAGCUGAACAAGACGGUGUGGGAGGUCCCCGAACGCUACCAGAACCUUUCCCCGGUCGGCUCCGGGGCCUACGGCUCCGUCUGUUCUGCCUUUGACACAAAAACUGGGCUACGUGUGGCUGUCAAGAAGCUGUCCCGACCAUUUCAGUCCAUCAUCCAUGCCAAAAGGACCUACAGGGAGCUGCGGCUGCUGAAGCACAUGAAACAUGAAAAUGUGAUUGGUUUGUUGGAUGUGUUCACCCCUGCCAAGUCUCUAGAAGAAUUCAAUGAUGUGUACUUGGUGACACACCUUAUGGGAGCAGAUCUGAACAACAUUGUGAAAUGCCAGAAACUCACUGAUGACCAUGUGCAGUUCCUCAUCUACCAGAUCCUUCGGGGGCUGAAGUACAUCCAUUCAGCUGACAUAAUACACAGGGAUUUAAAACCCAGUAACCUGGCUGUAAAUGAAGACUGUGAGCUAAAGAUCCUGGAUUUUGGCUUGGCCAGGCACACAGAUGAUGAGAUGACUGGGUACGUGGCCACCCGGUGGUACAGGGCUCCUGAGAUCAUGCUCAACUGGAUGCAUUACAACCAGACAGUUGAUAUUUGGUCAGUGGGCUGCAUUAUGGCUGAACUGUUGACUGGAAGAACAUUAUUCCCUGGUACAGACCAUAUUGAUCAGUUGAAGCUCAUUUUGAGACUCGUUGGAACACCAGGGCCUGAGCUUUUGAAGAAAAUCUCCUCAGAGUCUGCAAGGAACUACAUUCAGUCUUUGUCUUACAUGCCGAAAAUGAACUUUGAAAAUGUGUUUAUUGGUGCCAACCCACUAGCUGUGGACUUGCUAGAGAAGAUGUUGGUGCUGGACACAGACAAACGAAUCACUGCAGCAGAAGCAUUGGCUCAUGCCUACUUUGCUCAGUAUCACGACCCAGAUGAUGAACCAGUGGCAGACCCCUAUGACCAGUCCUUUGAAAGCAGAGAACUUGAGAUUGAAGAAUGGAAAAGCCUGACUUACGAUGAAGUCAUCAGCUUUGUGCCACCACCACUUGACCAAGAGGAGAUGGAGUCCUGAGAAAACUGCUCUCUCCUGUUUGUCCCACUUCACUGUGAGGGGAAGGCCUUUUCCUAGGGACUCUCCAAUUAUCGUUCAAGUGCCUCUGUCACAACAAUGUUCUCCUUGGUGGAGGGGUUUUGUUUGUGUUGAAUUGGGGAGGGAGGGGUGGGGAGGGAAGCAAACAGAAGUCUGGGUAAACAUGCUGCAUGCUCUGUGUUCUGUGUCCAGCCCCUGAGGACCUGCUCUGACCCCUCCUUAGCCCUUCCAGAGCUCUGCUGGGGCAAGGUGGGGAAGUUGACCUUUUAAAGUUUGGUUACAAUUGUUGCCAUUUAUCAAUUCUUCUCCAAUUAAGUAACCUCAAAAUCAGGCAAGCUGAUUGGAGUCCUUCUGUCCUGGUCAGGGCUGAAGGUGGGGUGUAGGGAUGUCCUCAUUCAGUGCCAGAUGGCUGCUUUACAUCCAGAUCUUCCUGGUACAGCAGAACAUAACAGGGCUUCUCGUGUCUGGUUCUUGGAAUGUGAAAAGGUUUUGUGUGCAACUGUAAAUAUGUUUGUGCCUUAAAUUGAACGGGGAGAGAAGGGAAAGGAAGUCUGGAGUGGAAAUCUCUGACCCACUGUGUUUCAGGGUGAAGGCUCCCAGAUAGCCAGGCAUGAACUCCAUGUAAUCAGGAAAUAACUUCCCCAGGCAGCAGCCUCUACCCAUGGAUUUUGGAUAUUCUUGUAUUUUUCUCCUCUUCCUCUCACUCUGAGGCUUCCCACUCAGCUCCCAGGAGGCAGAGGCUGGAGAGGAUUCUUGCUAGGCACAUAUUUGUGAAUUUUGUUCCUUCCAAGGUGGGGUGGUUUUUGCAUGGUGUAGCUGUACAUGCAUGUAGAGCUGCUUGAUUCUUGUUAGGUUUUGGGGUUUUUUUUUGGGGGGGGUGGCACUGGGGCAGUGAAAUCCUCAUCAGUGAACUGUGUUACCCUCAGUCAGUGCCAUGAAAUCACAGCAUCCUUUUGUGCUGCAGCUCCUUGUGAAAUCCCUGCCAUGCCAGAGGAAUGAAGAGGAGGAUAAAAUCAAUGGCAUAGAAAUGUGCCCCUUUUUUUUGUUGUUGUUGUUGUUCUGAGCUUCUGCUUUCAGAGAAGGAGAGUUUGGGAUAGAGGGUUCCUUCUAGAGAUGAAAUGUAAAAAAAAAAAAAUGUUCUUCAAAGAGAUGACUCUGGUGUCUUGUGCCACAGCUUAAGUUAUUUCCUGAAAAUAAUUCUUUUUAUUGCAAGGAUUGGAAUCCAAAGCAAAGAAAUCAGCAUGCAUAAAACCACAAUCUCCCUUUCACUGUCUAUAUCUAUAAAUAUAAAUAUUUAUAUAUAUAACACUUCACAUUUACUAGAGGUUGGUUGUUUUGUUCUUUGUCUGGGGUUUUUUUUUACCCUCUCAGAUGGGAGCUUCUUGGCUGUUUUUUCACAGGUUGAUCUCUGCCUGAGGAAACCUGAAAAGCUGAACACAACCAUGGUUCAAAUAUUUUGUAUUUUAAAAGACUGAGUGAAAUACCCACGAGAUAAAGAUUGGCAGGAGGGAAGUUUCUGUGUUCCUGUGCCAGGACUGUCCCUGGGGAGCUCAGGAGCCUGAUUUUGGGACUGGUGGAGGAGAUGUUUUCUGACAUCUGUUUGUUGCAGGCAUCCUGGUGGACAAGGAACCUGUGUGUGAGGGGAAAGGUUGUGCAGUAGUUUGGAUUUUUGUUACCAACAGGAUGGAGAGGAAGCAUUUGUGGGGUUUUCACCCCAUUUUGAAGAGGCAGCACAAAGGGCUGGGACAGGGAUGACAAAGCCAUUGAUUCUUCCUAAGCUGCUUUCCAGUGAUCUCUUCAAGUCAAACACUUCCUAAAGGUGUGGGGUGAGAUGAAGAGAGGAGUUAUUUCAUCUUUUGGGAUAAAACUCUCCUCAGCCCAACAAAAUCAAAACAAAACCAACAAAACAAAACAAAACCCCCAACACCUCCCUUUUCUGCUGGGCCAGCAGUCCAGGUAUUGAAAUGAAAAUGUAGAUAUUCAACAUAAACCUAUAGCAAAAUUCUUUUUAUCAGCUGUUUCAUGUGUAGAUGCUACAGUGUGAUUUGAUGCAGAAAUAUUGCUAAAGAUUUUUAAAAGAAUUUAGAUGUUGUGAGUGUGUGUGUGUGAGUGUGAGUGGGAAGGAUUCACCUGGGGGCUGGGCUCUGCUGGCAGCCCAUGGCACACCCCCCCCUGCCCAGAAGGAUGCACUUCAAAGAAGAAAUCUGCUCUUUUGUUUCUGUCCAUGGAUUUUGCUGUAAUUGGUGAUGCCAGAUAAGUUGUCACGAUACCACUGGUUAAAAAAUAAAACCUAUUUUUCAGAUUUACUGCA